CCUUUUCCCACCCCGACCUCAGCUGAACCGGUCGGAACCCCUCGUAAAAGACCCAUGCCAAACCAUGUGAGUGGUGGAGAUGUCCCGAACUUCGACGAAGCAUUCGAUGAUACACAAAAUGAGAAUACGACAGGAGAAAAAGGAUGGAGUAGAGAGAGCUUUUUGGUGAAUGAACAUCUGAGGACUCAGAGGGAAGCGAGGAAUUUCGUUUAUGAGGGAAGUGCCGAUGCUCCGAAACUGACCAGAAGUGGACGGGUUUUGGGAAGUGCAGUUGAUGAGUAUGGAGCGGGUAGGGAGACUCCGGACGAGGAUGAAAGAUCAGAAGCUCUGGAAGAAGAUCAAGUCUCUGAAUUGGACAGGAGGGAAGAGGAACAUCUGGGGAUAAACAUUGACGAGGAAAGAGAUGCAAGAUUUGUGGUGGAACAAAAGAUUAACCCUUUACCUCAAUCAGCUAGGAAAUACGUGUUGGACAUUCUGGCAAAUCUGAAUGGUCGAAACGUCCGAGAACCCGCUCCGUUUAUAGACGAGGAGAAGAAUGAGGCAUUGCAAGGACUGGUAGGGUUAUUGAAAGGUACUGUGGAGAGAGGAGAGGGUAAUAGUGCUUUGGUCGUUGGACCUCGAGGAGUAGGGAAGACGAGAACCAUUGCAAGAGCUCUUCAACUCCUGCCCUCAUCUUCUACCCCACCUAUCGUAGUUCAUCUCUCCGGACAUGCUCAAACCACAGACCGUCUUGCGAUCCGGGAAAUGGGUAGACAGAUCUCAGAAGCGGAAGGUCGGAUUGAUACUUCAGAAGACGAUGAUGAUCCCCAGACUGAGGAAGAUGAAUACGCACCGACAACAUUACCUUCUCAUCUACUUGCGUUACUGACUGUUCCUUCUCCAAGAGCUAUAGUGAUAGUUAUUGAAGAGUUUGAUUUAUUUACCGAACAUGCUAGACAAGCUUUACUAUAUUGCCUUUUGGACGUAGUCCAAAGUAUCAAAACCGGUCCUGUCGAAUCUACCGGUCGAGGAGUCGCAGUAAUCGGCCUUACAACCCGUAUAGAUACUUUACUUUUACUUGAAAAACGUGUCAAAUCUCGAUUCUCGCAUAGAGUAUGGAAAAUCCUUUCUCCUCUCUCUCCAGGAUCUUUAGGGUGGAGGAAACUUCUCAGAGGGGUGUUAGUACCUUGGGAACUCACCUCUUCAAAUAUGUGCUUCUCAUCUACCUUCCCAACAAACGGAAAGAAGAAGUCAAUUGAGGAGGAAGAUGAAGCAUGUAAGUUGUGGAAAGGAGAUUGGGCGUUUGCCAUUGAGACUUUAUUGGAACAUCCUCAAAUUAUUCAACAUCUCGACAGGUUGACAGGGCUGACAACGGAUGUAAGGAACGUAUAUAGGCCUUUUAUAAUACCCGUUUCAAAAGUCUUAGCGGGAGAAUUAGACUUUAUAUCCGUUCAAUCUAUCGCUCAAUCCAUCUUGGACCAAAUAGAAGGAUCAGGAUGGGGAUUACAACUUGCAAAGCUUAAAGGUCUCCCCCAUCCAGCUCUCACAAUUUUGAUCAUCUGUAAACAUCUCAUAUCUGUCAAUCAAGAAACUUUCAAUUUAACUCAAAUAACAGAAGAAUACCUUCGUUUUUCUCGUACACGUUUAGUUGGUAGUGGUAAAACACGUUGGCCGAUACCUCUUCUCAAAAUGGCUUUCGAACAUCUAGAAAGGGAUGGUUUACUUUUACCCGUUUCAAAAGGAAGAAUAGAAUAUAAGAAAAUGCGUUGUACUUUAUCAGCUGCGGAAUUAGCGGGAUGGUUUAGAUUACAUAAUGGAGCUGGAUUGGGUAAUGAGUUGACCGCUUGGGGUAAAACAUUAGGAGGACAU